AUGUCCUCCCUUGUCGAGGAUAAUCAAAUAAUGGACAACAGCAAUAUAUCGCCACAGCCGCCGUCCAUCAAUACCGUCGGUUUACGACCCAAACACAUUUACGGAUUGCGUACCAAUGUUGUGGGCAACAUACAUUUUAAUUUGCAACAAGAGGUCAUUUAUCCGGUCGAAGGUGUAUUGGCCUUUCACGAUUUCGUUGAGAAUAAACAGCGUUUCUUAAGACUGCCCGAGGAUACGAUACCCUUAAUUAUACAAAUAAGUCCGCAUCGUAAGCUUUUGGCAAUUUUGGAAAAAGCAAAACCUAAAUCAGGCAAUGGUAAAAAUAAUGGCAGCAAAAGCAUUUCCAUUUAUGAUUUGCACACUCUGAAAAAACGUCGGACAUUGGAACUACCCAAUGGUUCAAAACAUGCUGAAAUUUCGCAAAUACUUUUUACCGGUGACUCCAAGGCUCUGACAUUGCUUACCAAAGGACCAGAUGAAAUGAUCUAUAUGAUAUUAAUGGAUAAACUGGGCACUGUCUAUGAGGGCAGAGCAUGUCCGACAAAUGGUCGUUUUACUGCCGAGUGUCUUGCCUGCAAUCCUCAAGAUACCAGCCUCUUGGCUGUGGGUGGCAAUAAUCUACUGACAUUGCAAACUAAAUCGGAUAAGGGUUUCAAUAUAACCAAUAAUUUAAAAUCCAAUUUCCUUUGUACCUCUAUGGCAUUUUUGGCCAUGGAUCUGCUAAUGGUGGGUACAAGUUCCGAUGAAUUAAUUCUCGUCGAAAAUGGUGAAUAUAAACUGAGGCAAAAGGCCAGUGAUGCAGAAGUCUUUGAUUUACUCAUGGAUCAGGAAACAUUUGAUCGCGAGCAAGAACAACGACCACAAAACAAUGCCAACGCGAAUAGUAAACUUUACGAUAGUAGGGUUGUUUGCAUGACAGCAUUUGCCAAGGGGUUUGCCUUUGCCAUUUUCAAUAGAGUCUAUGUUUUCGAACGGGUAUCGAAAUUUAAAUUUGAACGUAAAACUAUACUGACCAUACCCAUCACCAUCUAUGCUGAGCAUUUGUAUCAGAUCACCAAUCUAGCGGUGGAUAGUAAACAGGAAACGGUGAUAGUAACUGCCGAACAUUCACAAAUCUAUGUCGGAAUUUUAAUUGUACCCGAAACUUUGAAGGCGAAGCAUUUGCAAUUUCAGCCAUUGGGUGCUCUCAUUCACAUCGAUGAUAUUGUGGAUAUAUCGCUGUGUUCCUGGAAACCCAUCAUAAUGACGGCGUCCCGCGAUCAAACAGUUCGCAUUUGGAAUUAUGAAACCGAAAAAGUUGAAUUGGUCCGUAAAUUUCAAGUCGAUGUCAAUAUUGUGGAAUUGAAUUCGACGGGUCUUAUUGCGGCCAUUGGGUUCUCGGAUCAAUUGCGUAUAACUCAAAUUUUUAUGGAAGAAUUAAAUAUUGUAAAAACCUAUAACUUCCCACGCUGUAAAGAUGUCAAGUACUCCAAUUAUGGACAUUUAAUGGCAGCUGCCUAUAAUAGCACCAUUGCCAUAACCUCAGUUUACAAUCUGGAAAUUCUAAUAACGCUCAAGGGUCACAAUGGCACCGUACUCUCAGUGGCCUGGACCAAAAAUGACAAAUAUCUUAUAUCCGGUGGUAACGAGGGUGCCAUUUAUCAAUGGGAUGUUGACAAUGGUAACCGACUGCAAGAAAUCGUACAAAAAGGUACCGAAUAUGUUUCGGUAUGUUCGACAUUUAAUGACCCUUUGUCCAUAUUUGCUGUCAACAAUUCUGGUCUGCUGAGAGAAUUUCAAAAUUCAGAAAUUGUCCGCGAAGUCAGUAUACCGUCAAGCUCCAAGUGUCGUCUAACAGAUGUUUGCUUGGCACGUUCCGAUACCAUUAUGUUUGUGGCCAAUGAAAUGGGAGAUUUGGUGAAUGUCCAAUUGCCAUUUUUAGAUGCCGGUGGAGGAACUUGCAGCAAUUUUCGAUUCUUUAUGACCGCCGUUAACAAAGUACGUUUCUCCUACGACGGUACUCUACUGAUGACUGUCUCCAAGGCUGGAACUUUGGCCAUAUGGGCUUUGGAAAAUAUUGAAGGCAAAGUGGCCAGUAUGGAUCAGGAUCUGCUAAAGUCUCAAGAAGUUCUCAUACCUCGUGCCAUUUUGGCAGAGAAAAAUGAACAAAUUGUUAAUCUGGAGACACGGCUAAAACAACAGGCCGAAGAAUUCCAAUAUCAGUUGUCACAAAAUGAAAUAUUCGAUGGCCAACAAAUGGCGGAAGUGCACCGUAGCUAUUGUCAAGCACUGGAGGAACUGAAACGCAUAAAUGCCGAGGCUGAGGAACGCCAUCGAGGUGAAAUGAAUCAAAUCACCUUUCAAAUUAAUGAAAUGAAAGAGGAGCACAAAAAGCAACUGGACAAUCUAGCCACCCAAUAUUCGGAACGUAUGCUUAUCGAAUAUCAGAAAUUCACAAAUCUCCGAGAAAAUAUGCUCGAGUUAAGAGAGAGCUAUGAGAAUAAACUGAAAAAAUCCGCUGGCACUCUACAAGACACCGUUGAGAGUUUGGAAAAUGAUUACAAGAAACAAUUGGAUGAACGACGUGAACUGAUACGCGAACUUAUGCAGGAAAUGGAGGACAAAAAAUCACAAUUCACCGAUUACUGUCAGCAGGUCGAAGAAGAGAACGAGCAGCGUUUGAGUGAAACCGUGAAGGAAUACGAAAAGAAACUGCUCCAAGAAAGGGAGGCCACCGAAUUAUGGCGCGGCAAAUCAGGAGUUUUACAGAAGAAAUACGAAAGUCUCACCAAAGAUGUCGACAACCUGCUGGAAGAAGUCGAAACUCUCAAGGAACAGCACACAAAGUCACAGAGGAAUAUUACCAAACUGAAUCGCACCAUUGAAGAUCUGCAAAAAGAUAUAUCGGAUCGAGAUUAUGCCAUCAACAACAAAGAGAAACGAAUACAAGAGCUGUUGCAUAAAAACCAGGAACUCGACAAAUACAAACAGGUGCUUAAUCAUAAAAUUGCCGAACUCAAAGCUCAAAUCGAACCCCGAGAAUUUCAAAUUAACGACAAGCGUAAACACAUUUUGGAAUUGGAAAAUGAAUUGGCUGGGUUGAAUCAAAACAACAGCCAGUUGGAAUUGCAGCUCAAGGAAUUGAAGGACAAGUACAUCAGUACUGUGGCAGAACUUAAAGUGGAGCGACAUCGGGCCAGGGCGGGUCGUGAGUGUGUCCAGAAUUUGUGUAGUGAAAUUUAUCACGUGGCUGGUCUUAUGAAUACACCCGACAAACUAAAGGCGGCAGUCCGCGAACUCUUCCAACGUCAUGCCAGCGAUGAUGAAUUGAAACGUUUCAUUUCGCUAGAUGCCAAUGUCCGAGAUGAGUUCCAACGUCAGCGAAAUCAAAUCGAAAGGGUUUUGAAAAUCUAUAGUAAACGCGAAGAGGAUAAGACCCAGAAACGUAAAUAUGAUAAGCUAUUCAAGGAAAAUGUGGUACUGCUGGAAGAGAUCGAUAAAAUGCGCGAAGAAAAUAAGAUGCUGCGAGCGCAUUUGAAACGGGAAAUGAGUACGAAGAAGAGUAAGAGUCGUUCUGCAGCAUCCAAUUUGAGACAGAAAUCUGGUCCCAUAAGAUCGAGUGAGAUGAGUGAGGCAUUAAAGGACUACAGUGACCUUGACAAUGGAGCAGUGGGUGGUGGAGAACUAUAA